AUCUUGCCUUUCACUAGCCUCAAGCUUUUCAUAUCAGCAACUAUGUCGGCGCAGAAUUUGAACGGCGGACUGCUCUUCAACAUCGGCGGCGCAGUUGCUCUGGUCACCGGUGGUGGUAGGUGCAUCUUAUGCCGGAGCAACGGUUUCGCAUUUUCCCCAUGGCCUCUCUCGGUACCUUAAGCUGCAGAGAUCCGGGCUGAUGCGGCGGAUACAUUUUGUUCUUUGCCAUAGGCACGGGCAUCGGACUUAUGUGCGCGCGUGCUCUGGCAGCGAACGGCGCGAAAGUUUACAUUUCAGGACGUCGCCAGGCUGCGCUCGAGUCCGCCGCCGCAGACUGCAAUCCAGAACUUGCUCCGCUCGGCGGCUCCCUCGUCCCCGUUCAGGGUGAUGUGUCUGACAAGGCGUCCUUGGCCAAGAUCGCCGAGACGAUCCAAAAGACGGAUGGGCGUCUCCACAUCCUGGUGAACAACGCGGGUGUGGAAGGUCCAUGCACCGAAUUGACCUCCCCCGAAGGGUUAAGUGCGAAGGAUAUUAGCGAGGCGCAUUUGAAGAACGAAGAAUUCGUCGCAUGGGACAAGCUUUUCUCGAUCAACACGCACUCGGUCUUAUUCAGCACGAUGAGCUUCCUCCCACUCCUUUCGGCAGGCAACGCAGCCCCGCCCUCAUCGCGAGCUCAGGAAAAGUACGCCAAGUGGACCGCAGCCGUCAUCAACAUCACCUCCAUCAGCGGCUUUGUUAAGGUCAGCCAGAGUCACUAUGCGUACAAUGCCAGCAAAGCAGCAGCCAACCACAUCACAAAGAUGCUUGCACACGAAUUGAACUUUAGGAGUAAGCUGGGGAUCCGCGUUAAUGCCAUCGCUCCAGGGCUCUUCAUGACGGAGAUGACGGCGCCAACGCCGGCCGCGCGCGUCGACCCAUCGCAAGUCGGGCCAACGAAGCAUGCGAACCCGGCCGGUCGGUUCGGCACAGAGGAGGAGAUGGCCAGCCUGUGCCUCUACCUAGCUAGCAACUGCUUCCAGCAAGGCCAGAUCGUCGUCCUCGAUGGGGGGUUCACCACUGCCGUCGCAAGCACCAUGUAGAGUUGGAAAGCGGAUUGCUCAGCGCAGUACAAAUUCUCGCUCGUCAUCGUUCAUGAGGUCUAUCAGUCAAUUAAUGCAGUUGCAACUUGA